UAGUUGGAAAGAAAAGAAAUAAAAAAUUGCUCUGCCUUUUCGUCGAAAGCAUCACCCAGCAACACCAUGCAAUAGAACGCCAAUCACAGAAGCUUUGAUGACUUGGAAAUGCACUACGUAUCAUUAUUAUAACAAGUUAUUACACGAAAUACCCGGUUGGUUAUGUUGUGUUUAAAAGAGGAGAUCAGUUGUUGGUUCCAAUUUAUAGUUGAAAUGGGAGAGUUUUACUUGGAUGCGGUGUUGAUGCCUGUAAGCCUGUUCCUUGUGGUGGGAUAUCACGUGUAUCUGUGGCGAAGCUUGAAGAACAAACCCGGCGCCACCGCCAUGGGAGUCCAGUGGUUGGAGCGGACGCUGGUGGCGCAGGGCGGUGGCGGUGGGGUCGGCAAGAGCAUGCAGCUGGUGCAGAGCUUGAGAAACAAUCUGAUGAUCAUAGUCCUGAGGGCUUCCAUAUCAAUCAUUAUAAGCUCCUCCGUAGCAGCCCUUACCAACAACGCCUACAAAGCAAGUAUUAGUAAUGGUAUUAGUAUUGGUGAGGGCUUGAUGGGAAAGCAAUCGAGUGGGGUAUUUGCUGCGAAAUAUGUGGCUGCGUUUGUGGUGUCGGUGUCGAGCUUCGUAUGCAGCUCUUUCGGGGCGGGGUUUCUGGUGGACGCCUGCAUAUUAGUGACCACUGCAACUGCAACUGCAACUGCUCAAGAGAUUCCAUCUGAUCAUCGUCCCACAAGCAGCCACAUACAGAGACUGGUCCACACAGGCUUCACAUUGGCUUUUAUAGGGAACCGCCUCAUGUGGCUCACUUUUCCCCUCUUGCUCUGGUCCCUCACACCUGUUGCCCUUGCCCUGUCUUCCUUGGCACUCAUUUGGGGGUUUUCUGCCAUGGAUUUUGUUGACAACAUCUAACACUAUUCAUCUCUACAAAUAAUUGCCACCAUACGAGUGAUGUCAUAUUUAGAUUCAAUCAAUUAUUGAUUGUUCCAACUAUAUUGCUGUGCAUUUAGUGAGAUUAGGAGGCACCACUUUGAAGCUGAAGCUGAAGCUGAUGUGUAUUGUGUUGUUUCCGUCCUGUCUGAAACUGAGUAUGCCUCAAAAUCAUUGGCUAAUGUGACCUGUGAUACCAAUCUAAUCAUGGAAAAAACAUAAAUUUGAACAAGAA